UGUUUGUUAAAUACAAAUUUCUUAUUUGUAUAUAUGAAUUCAUUUUGUAAAUUUUCAGUGUUUAAAUCUUUUCCUCUACAUUGUAUUAGUCAAUCAUGUCCACAAAGAACAAUGAUUACACAACCAACGAUGUUCUCGCAAUUCUUGAUGAUGACAAAAGCGAUUUCAGUGAGGGUGGUUAUACUGAUUGGUCUGAAGAUGAUAGUAUGUCUUGUGGGGACAAAUCAUGGAGCUUGGCUGAGGCUGGUUUUCAGAAUGAACCAGUAUUGAGUGGCAACGAAGAUGAUGGUUGCAAUUGCAAUGGUGAAGAUCCCGAGGUUUAUAAUAGUGCUGAGGACAUACCCUUGACUGCCAGAUUAGUCAACAACAAGAAUCGCAGUGUCCAGUAUAUAUGGGAAAAGAAAACAUUCGAGCCACAGAGUGACAAAUUUCAAGGAAAAACUGUGACGGCCACAGAUCCUAUUGGUUUGUCUGAAACGCCAUUACAGUAUUUCAAGCGAUUCAUUACUGACAAAAUGUUAGAGCAUAUUGUGAGGCAUACGAACCGAUAUAGCACACUGAAACAUGGAAGAUGUGCCAAUGCAUCUUUGAAAGAAAUGGAGCAGUUAUUAGGUAUGUAUUUCAAAAUGGGUCUUGCUGAAAUGCCAUCUUACAAAAUGUAUUGGGAAAAUGGAACUAGAUACCCAGCAGUUGCUGAUAUUAUGAGCAGGAACAGGUUCAAGCUGCUUUUAGGUACAAUUCAUUUUGUGGAUAAUGAAAUUGUUACUGAUGACGAGAAGAAAAACAAUUUUUGGAAAGUUCAACCAUUCUUGGAAAUGUUUCGCAUGCAAUGCCUUCAAGUCAUUCCAAUUCAGCAUCAGUCAAUUGAUUAAAUGAUGAUUCCAUACAAAGGCAAGUUUGGCAACAUUCGUCAGUAUGUAAAAGGCAAACCCCAUCCAUGGGGAUUCAAGGUUUGGUGUAGGUGCUCACCGAGUGGCUUGCUACAUGACUUUGAAGUCUACCAAUUUGAAAUUGUUAUAAGGUAUAUCAUGUAAAAUACAUUCAAGUUGAUGA